GUUGUCUCCCCAGCAGCAGAGGCCACCUCCAAGUCCAAAAGGCAGGAGCGUGGCCGGUCCCAGGAACGGAAAGUCCAUUCUUCCUCUUCCUCUGAAAAGCAGCGCUUUUACUCCUGCGACCGCUACGGGAGUCGGGAUCAUUCUCAGCCCAAGUCUUCUGAAUGCAGUAGGCCUCCGUCUCCCGGUGGAGGGCAGGACCACGAGACGCAGAAACAGGGCAGUGGUUCAGUUAAUGGGAGCCCCCUGCUGUUGACCUCUGGUGCUAGCACCCCAUGCCGUGGUCGGAGGCAGUUGCCGCAAACUCCGCUGACUCCGCGCCCCAGCAUUACCUACAAGACUGCCAACUCCUCGCCUGUGCAUUUCUCCGGGUUCCAGACCGGCCUGCCAACCUUCUCCCCGGGACGCUUGAGCCGGGGUCUCUCUGAGCACAAUGCUUUGCUGCAUGGCGACUCCCAGGGACCCUCACCAACCCUGAUGGCACGCAUCGGUUCGGACCCUUACCUGGGACACCGAGAAGAGAGUGACAGUCCAUACCAUACGAUGCCUGAGGACACGCUCACCUUCGAGGAGGCUGUGGCCACCAAUUCAGGGAGAUCCUCCCGGACCUCUUACGUCUCCUCUCUAACAUCCCAGUCCCAUCAAAUCCGCCGCGUCCCCAACGGGUACCAUUACGUCUUGGGACUAAGUGCCGGCUCUGGCACCAGCACCCGGGCGCGUAGCUAUUACCACGAGCGAGACGAAGACGAUUGGUGCUAGCAGGACAAGAACCCAAGUUGCACACUGGAGGUCGAUGAGUUUUAUCAUCCAGACAACCGCCAUGUCGAGGUGUGUCUCUCUUUGCAUCCAGCCCUGUGACAUCAAGGCUGGCGGAGCGGGGGAGGGGAGUGGGAGAAAGGAGAUACAAGCAGAUGCCUCUCCAUGGGAACAGCCCUGCCAAAAUAGUCCUAGGCCCGUGGACCACACCGUUGGAAGCGACGUCUGGCCUCCAUCUGUCCCCGGCUUCCUCUUUUGCACUAGAUAGCGAUCGAUGCGUCAGGAAGGGCGCCUGGCUCGGAGGGUCUGAGUAGAGCAGAUGUCCUUCUGUUCUGCUCCCGAUUGCUGUGUCAUGGGAGAUACCACCUUCUGCCCCCCCUCCUCCAAGUUACGAGGCUACCACAAAAAGCCCAGGGAGAAAACCCUAGACUUAAAAGACUGGAAUCUGCACAGUUGCGGGGGGGUGAGCAGGUGGGGAAGACAAAAGAAACCCCCCCCCACGCAUCCUGAUGUACAAAGAACCAACCUAUGUUUUCUUGUGUCCACAUUUUAAGAAGGGAGUUUCUCCAGCUGGAUCUCAACCGUUGGCCAACGGCAACCCCCUUGAUCAACCAAGCCAAGCAUGGAAACUUCCAAUGGAUCCCAGCACCAUACGGCUACGCCUACCUUCUUAGUUCCCCCCUUCCGGUCUCCACGUUUUAUCUUAUUUCGAGUCCUUUCCCACCAGCCCUUUUUAUUUAUUUAUUUAUUUAUUUUUUUGAAAAAGCGCUUCGAAGG